AUGUUCUGUUCCUCGGAUUGUAAGAGGGUGUCGCGACAAACUUCCGAGAACGAAGUCCUACCAGGCGCCACCGGGGAGAUCCGUGAGUCAGCUGCCCGGCUGGGAGCGCUCAUCUCCCCGCUGACGGAGCGUCCAACAGAGCUAGUCUUCGUGCUUGACGCAACUCAGAGCGUACGCGCCAAGCGCUUCAAGCAGGUCGUCAAGCCUUUCGCCCGGGACGUCGCGUCUCUGUUCUCGCACGCCUCCAACCGGACCAGGCCGGCGGUUGUUGCCUUCGCGAGCUGCCAGAAGGUGGAGACUGGAGUCGACUUUAUUGGGGCGUCGUCAUCUUCUGACUUCUCGAAAUGUGAUUUCUUGGAGUCGUUGGAAGCGGUUGACUAUAUCGGAGGCCCGGGAUCGUGCUUGGGAGGGGGCAUGAUGAGAGCUUAUGAGAUUUUAGAGGCUGCAAGACCUGGAUCCGAAAGAUUGGUGGUCCUUCUAACGGACGGCCGGUCACGCGGGGAGGAUUCGCCCACAGAGUAUGCACAGCGCAUGCGCACAGACGGGACCAACAUCGUCGCCUUCGGCAUCGGCAAAGGAGCGAACAAGAAGGAGCUGGUUGCCAUAGCGACGGCUGAUCGUAUGUUCCGUUUGGAUAAGUGGGAGGAUUUGCAGCCUUUGGCGGCUGUUCUUACGGAAGAGAUACCUCCACCACGCCCAACGUUCCUGUACGUCGACACCGACCGUUGCAGCGGCCUCUGCGCGGCGGAAAACGGCCCGUGUUGCGAUUCUAGAGCACGGUGCGCCUGCCAAACGGACAGCGGGAGAUUUGAGUGCGUCUGUCAGCCAGGCUACAUCGGGGAUGGCAGCGUCGGGAACUGCUCGGCUGUUCCUGUCACCGAGAAGUUUUGCCUUACUCCCGUCCCUCCCUCCGACGGAGGUGUGGUCUGCGAUGACCUUGAGUACAGCAUUGGCACCGAGUGUUCGUUCAGCUGUAAGGAGGGCUUUGUAUUGGCCAACAAUGCACCAAUCACCUGUGAGCUUACGGAGGAGGGCCGAGCAGUUUGGAAUGGUCUGACUCCAGGAUGCGAAGCCAUUCCCGAUAUUGAGCAGUUUUGCGGUGUUCCCAAUUCCCCCACUGAUGGACAAGUGGUUUGUGAUGACUCGGCAUAUAGCAUUGGCGCUACGUGUUCUUUUGUUUGUGACGAGGGCUUUCUAUUGGAUAACGAUGGACCAAUCACCUGCGAGAUUACAGAGGAUGGUCAAGCAAUUUGGAGGGGUGCAGCACCUGAAUGCGAAGCCAUUCCCGUUACAGAGAAGUUCUGUGCUGUUCCAAGUUCCCCUGCUGACGGACAAGUAGUUUGCAACGACCAAGAUUACAGCAUUGGCACUGAGUGUUCUUUCACCUGUAAUGAAGGAUUUCAAUUGGCCAACGAUGGACCAAUCAUCUGCAACGUUACAGAGGAUGGUCAAGCGAUGUGGAGGGGUGGAACUCCUGAAUGUGAAGCCAUUCCAGUAACUGAGAGCUUCUGCAUAGCUCCCAAUUCCCCCACGAAUGGUCAGGUUGUUUGUGCUGACCCCGAGUACAGCAUUGGUACUGAAUGUUCGCUCAACUGCAACGAAGGAUUUCAAUUGGCUAACGAUGAACCAAUCAUCUGCGAGAUUACUGAGGAUGGGGAACCGGUUUGGAGCAGUCCAACUCUCGAUUGUGAAGCUGUUCCGGUUAUUGAGCAGUUCUGUGCCGUUCCCAGUUUCCCUGCUAAUGGACAAGUGGUUUGCGAUGACUCUGAUCACAUUGUGGGCACAGUGUGUUCGUUUAUCUGUAGCAAGGGCUUUGUAUUGUCCAACGAUGGACCAAUAGUCUGUGAGAUUACAGAGGAUGGCGAAGCGGUGUGGAUUGGACAUACACCAGAAUGUGACGACCUUCCACCCCCGUUCUGGCUAAAUUGUCCCAAUAAUACAGUCGUGCCGACUGACCACCGCCGCCCGUCUGCCACGGUCACGUGGACUGUCCCCCAGGCCCAAUCUAGCGGUCAGUUGACUGUCGCCUCUACUGCUGAGCCGCCAGUAGUCUUACGAAUCGGAACGACCCAAGUCGGGUAUACAGCCACUGAUGAAAUGGGACGACAUGCCGAGUGCUCAUUCAGUGUUGAAGUUGUAGAUGAGGAGCCGCCAAUAAUUCUCACGUGCCCCGCAGACGUGAUGGAAAUCACCGGCUCCCAGACCCUCCAGGUUUCAUGGGACACACCGAGGUUUAAGGACAACUCAGAGGUCGUAUCCAUGGAAACCAGUAGUCAGGCUGAUGGCAUCUUGGCAACCCUCGAUGCACCCAAGGAGGUGUGGUACCAGGCCCAAGACGAAGCCGGGCACCAUGCGUAUUGCAACUUCACGGUGUCCUUAAAACCCUAUGAGUGUCCCUACAUGGAACCACCUCUCCACGGUGCCCUGUUAUGUGAGAGCUGGCUGGACGAUGGUUCUGUCUGCGCUGUCUCCUGUCAAGAGGGGUACGAUUUCCACCGGCCCCCUGCUGCACUCUACGUGUGUUCUCCAUCGUCGGGGGAUGUGGGAACCAGUGAAUGGCAGGCGCUGGAUGUCAGCACGGCAGCCUUGCAGAAUUUGGGCAAUGCUUGGCCUCAGUGCUUCAAAAAAGUUGGGGACACUGGAUCACCGUCCAAGAAAUCCAUCCGCUAUUUCGACGGUCCCUGCAGCACGGAGGAUGCCAAGUCGAAGCUGAGGAAGAAGUACCAGCGAAUCUUUAAACGGCUGGAGAAGGUGGUGCCGGGGUUCUGCAGCGACAGAUGUGUGGAGGAGGGAGUACUUGUGUCCUGCGGGAUGGAGGAUGGUGGAGUGGAUGCGGGGCAAGACACAGGAGGAGACAGACGGAGACGAGAUGUGGACAAGGAUGCGUUGCUAGGGUUACUGGACAAGAACCAUGCUUUCUCACUCAAGUCAAGCCUGCCGGCCAACACUCUUAUUUCCAGACUUCAAGGAGUUCUCUUGAAUGACUUGGACGACUCCGUCAAGGAAUCCCUAGCCCCAUUCUUUGAGACGCUGAGCAGCGCUGGUGUUCCAUCCGUGCCUGGAUUGGCUUGUGAGGAGGGGCACUUAAAGCGGGGUAACAUUUGCCUGGAGUGUCCCGUCGGUACUUAUCACUCGCUAGCUUCGGAGGAGUGUGUCGGAUGUGAAUUUGGAACUUUCCAAGAUGAAGCUGGCCAAACCACCUGCAAGGCUUGCCCAGAGGGCGCCAACACAACAGACACUGGGGCAAGGAAUGAAAACUAUUGUCGCUAUGCAUGCCCUGCGGGAACGUACUCGAAAACCAGUCUGCAGCCCUGUCUAGCCUGCCCUGCUGGAACUUUUCAGUCGACAGAGGGCGCCACAUCAUGCCAACAGUGCCCCGAUGAUGCAGCGGCCCGAAACGAAGGGGCCUCAUCUUUGGAGGAAUGCAUGUUUCCCUGUGAUGCGGGAUCGUUCUCCAUGUCUGGUUACCAGCCAUGCAUACCAUGUGCACCGGGCUGGUAUCAACCAAUGAGGAAGCAGCAUGCCUGCUUGCCGUGCCCCGACGGCUCCUCUUCGGAUGAGUUGGGAGCCGUCGACGUAACAUCGUGUGUCGAGCUUGCUGUGUGCCAUGUGACGCCCUGUCAACACAACGGCACCUGCGUCAAUAGGUCCGACAUCAGUGCUUUCUGCCAGUGUGUCGACGGCUUCACCGGUGCCCAGUGUGAAACCAACAUUGACGACUGCCAGGAAGGUCUGUGUAUGAACGGAGGGACGUGUCAUGAUGAGGUGGCCGGUUACCGGUGCAAAUGCUCACCGGGAUUCAACGGCACAAACUGUGAGGUUGACAUUGACGAGUGCCAAUCGGGUCCAUGUGUUCAUGCCCUUGCUUGCCAUGACAGCAUCGACUCAUAUCGUUGUGAGUGCCUGAAAGGGUACAACGGAACCAACUGUGAGAUCGACAUAGAUGAGUGCGCUUCCGCACCGUGCCAGAACGGUGGUACUUGUCAGGAUAGGGUUUGGGGUUUUCACUGUGACUGUGGGCCCAGCUACAAAGGCUUGCAGUGUGAGACGCUUGCAAUCCCCCACUGUAAUGCUACCUCCUGCCUUAAUGGUGGGACCUGCUUGAUCUUUCCGCAUGGUCCUAGGUGUGACUGCGCACCAGGGUACACCGGCGAUAUCUGUGAUACGGACAUCGAUAAUUGUGCAGGGGUGACGUGUCUGAACGGUGGUAGCUGCGUAGACGAAGUGAUAACUUACCGUUGUAACUGCCCGCCCGGAUUUGCUGGUGCCCUGUGCGGUGUCAAUCUUGAUGAAUGCGAAUCAGACCCUUGCAUGAAUGGAGCCACGUGUAUUGAUGGAAUCAACUCCUUCAUUUGUAACUGCACCAAAGGGUUUACUGGGUUGACUUGUGAAGAAAGCAUGGACCCUUGCUCUUCUAACCCCUGCGAGAAUGGCGGUGUCUGCAUUAAUGAAGCAUCCGAUUAUCGCUGUCAGUGCCUCACGGGUUACAGCGGGAAAGACUGCGAGGUCGAUAUUGACGAUUGUCCACUAUCUUUCUGCGAUAAUGGAGGCACGUGCGUGGACCUUGUUGGCGGCUACUGGUGCAGAUGUGCGGAUGGUUUCACCGGCAGUGACUGCGAAAUCAACAUUAACGAUUGCCGUAGCAACCCUUGUCAAAAUGGCGGGCGUUGUGUGGAUGGGAUUAAUGAAGUUCAGUGCUUGUGUGCCGCGGGGUUCACCGGCGAGCGUUGCGACGUUGAUGUAGAUGACUGCACCGGGGUUCUCUGCGCUAACAACGGGAGUUGCGUUGACGAGGUGGAUGGUUUUCAUUGCGAUUGCCAGAGUGGUUUUAGCGGGAAUCUCUGCGAAACGAACAUCCAGGAUUGUUGCGAAGGUGUCUGUGAAAAUGGCGGAACCUGCCUAGAUGGGGUCAAUGCAUUCUAUUGUGUCUGCACUGAAGGUUUCACCGGUGACCGAUGCAACGUUGAUAUCGACGAUUGCGCAGGUAGCCCGUGCCUGAACGCCGGGCAGUGUAUCGACGGUGUCAAUGGUUACGCGUGUUCGUGUGCUCGCGGUUUCACUGGCACCCGCUGCGAAACCAACAUCGAUAACUGUAUCAGGGAACCGUGCAGGAACGGUGGAAGCUGUGUCGAUGAAAUCGACACUUUUCACUGCGAGUGCAUUCCAGGUUACACUGGAAGGGUGUGCGAGUUUAAUUUCGAUGAGUGUUGGAGCAGGCCAUGCAUGAACAAAGGGCGGUGUAAGGACUCUAUCAAUGCUUAUCAGUGUUUCUGUCGACGAGGAUAUACGGGCACAAACUGUGAACUGGACGUUGACGACUGUGAGAAAAAUUCCUGCCUAAAUGGAGCCACUUGUGUGGACGGAACUAACUCCUACACCUGCCAUUGUGUAGAGGGAUACAGCGGCAGGUAUUGUCAGCUGAAAGAUUACUGCGCCUUCCGUCCGUGUCUGAACAACGGAGUGUGCUACAGUCUUGACAAAGGAUACCGCUGCAAGUGCCCCGAAAACUUCCGAGGACUAAACUGCGAGACUUUGAUCCCCCCGUGCGAGAACCACAAGUGCGACAACGGAGGGACGUGCGUGGACCAACCCGAGGGCCCUGCACGGUGUCUGUGCACCGACGGAUACACCGGUACCCACUGCGAGACUCUCGUGGAUUUCUGCAUCAGUAGACCGUGCCAUAAUGGUGGUAGUUGCGUCAACGAGAUAGCUGGUUAUCUGUGCGAUUGUCCAGCUGGUUUUGGGGGGCGCAACUGUGAGGUUGACGUUGACGAGUGUCAAUCAGGACCCUGUCAGCAUAAUGGAACAUGCCAGGACGUAGUGAAUGGAUACAUAUGUGACUGUGGUCCAGGCUACACAGGUGAGCGAUGCAGCGUAGAUAUCGAUGAGUGUAUCGAUAUGCCAUGUCAGAACGGUGGGUCCUGUAACGAUGGAGUGAACAGCUACAGCUGUGAAUGUGUUGAAGGUUUCAUUGGUGACAACUGUCAGACCAAUAACAAUGACUGCGAGAGUGCCCCCUGUGAAAAUGGCGCGUCAUGUGUGGACGGAAUUAACGACUAUUCUUGUCUGUGUCUUGAAGGUUUCACCGGUAAAGAUUGCGAAGUCAAUAUCGAUGAUUGUGGGGAUAAUCCUUGUCGAAAUGGCGGUAGUUGUGUUGACGGUGUCAACGAUUUCCGGUGUCGGUGCAAAGCGGGAUUUACCGGGAAAAUGUGCUACACAAAUAUCAACGACUGUCAUGGAAUUUUGUGUAGAAAUGGAGGAAGCUGUAUUGACUACGUGGAGGACUUCUUCUGCCAGUGUCUCCCAGGAUUCACUGGGACUUUGUGCGAAGUCAAUAUUGAUGACUGCAAGGGCGUGCUGUGCGGAAAUGGAGGCACUUGCAUAGAUGGGGUAAAUGAGUUCAACUGUCAAUGUGCGCCCGGCUUCAGUGGUCCCGCGUGUGAGAUUAACAUAGAUGAUUGCCGUGGGGAGCCCUGUCAGAAUGGGGCAACGUGUGUGGAUGGAGUGGAUAGCUUCUUUUGCCAGUGUCCGCCAGGUUUUGCUGGUGAAUUUUGUGGAGUUGAUGUUAACGAAUGUUGGAGCAAACCCUGUCUGAAUGGGGCACAGUGUGUGGAUGGAGUGGAUAUCGUCACUUGCCAUUGUCAGCCAGGUUUUGCUGGUAAAAUUUGUGGAAUGGAUGUUGAUGAAUGCGGGAGCAAUCCCUGUCUAAAUGGGGCACAGUGCGUGGAUGGAGUGGAUAGCUUCACUUGUGAGUGCCUCCAGGGUUACACUGGUGACUUGUGCGGCGUUGAUGUUGAUGAAUGCGGGAGCAAUCCCUGUCUAAAUGGGGCGCGGUGUGUGGAUGGAGUGGAUAGCUUCACUUGCCAGUGUCGGCCAGGUUUUGCUGGUAAAAUUUGUGGAAUUGAUGUUGAUGAAUGCGGGAGCAAUCUCUGUCUAAAUGGGGCACAGUGCGUGGAUGGAGUGGAUAGCUUCACUUGUGAGUGCCUCCAGGGUUACACUGGUGACUUGUGCGGCGUUGAUGUUGAUGAAUGCGGGAGCAAUCCCUGUCUAAAUGGGGCGCGGUGUGUGGAUGGAGUGGAUAGCUUCACUUGCCAGUGUCGGCCAGGUUUUGCUGGUAAAAUUUGUGGAAUUGAUGUUGAUGAAUGCGGGAGCAAUCCCUGUCUAAAUGGGGCACAGUGCGUGGAUGGAGUGGAUAGCUUCACUUGUGAGUGCCUCCAGGGUUACACUGGUGACUUGUGCGGCGUUGAUGUUGAUGAAUGCGGGAGCAAUCCCUGUCUAAAUGGGGCGCGGUGUGUGGAUGGAGUGGAUAGCUUCACUUGCCAGUGUCUCCAGGGUUUCACUGGUGACUUGUGCGGCAUUGAUGUUGAUGAAUGCGGGAGCAAUCCCUGUCUAAAUGGGGCGCGGUGUGUGGAUGCAGUGGAUAGCUUCACUUGUGAGUGCCUCCGAGGUUUCACUGGCAAUUUCUGCGGCGUUGAUGUUGACGAAUGCCACAGCAAUCCCUGUAAGAAUGGUGCCCAGUGUUUGGACAAAGUAGAUGGUUAUUUGUGUAUCUGCAAGGAAGGGUUUGAAGGAGUUUUAUGUGAGAAUGAAGUCAACGAAUGCACAUCACGGCCUUGCAAAAAUGGCGCGUCGUGCGUGGAUCUCAUCAACAGCUUCAGAUGUGACUGUUUGGAUGGAUACUCGGGCAGCCUGUGUGAGACAAACAUUGACGAAUGUGCCUCCAAUCCUUGCCAGAAUAACGGCAAAUGCUUGGACGCCAUCGAUUCCUUCAGCUGCGUUUGUCGACUAGGAUUUUCCGGUCACAUGUGCCAGGUGAAUAUUGACGACUGUGCCACCAAUCGGUGCACCAAUGGCGGCAGAUGCGUGGAUGGCGUCAACAUAUUCUACUGCUUGUGUCCGCGCGGGUUUGUCGGACGUCUCUGCCAAGUAAACGUAGACGACUGUGUCUCCCAACCCUGCCAAAACGGCGGCAGUUGCUUGGACCUUGUCCACAGGUACACCUGCACGUGUGCUGCAGGUUUCACGGGUGUGCAUUGCCAGACGAACAUCAACGAUUGCCGACCAAACCCGUGUGAGAAUGGAGGCCGAUGCGUGGACGGACUAGACACAUACGGGUGCCGUUGCAUUCCUGGGUUCUCCGGCCGGCACUGUGAGGUUCGGCUGGACGAUUGCUUCAGUCGGCCAUGUCAGAACGGUGGGAGGUGCAUAGACGGGGAUCAAGACUACUCCUGCAAAUGCAUACCAGGGUUCACUGGUAAAGACUGUGAGGUGGACGUGGACGAGUGUGCAUCUGCUCCUUGUCUGAACGAGGGUAUCUGCCACGAUGAUGUCAACUCCUACAUGUGUGAGUGCCCUGAGGGCUUCACUGGCUUGACCUGUGAGGUCAACUAUGAUGACUGCGCCUCCAGUCCAUGUCUGAAUGGGGCCGAGUGCCAGGACCUACCAAGGGGUUUCAGCUGUUAUUGCCAAGAUGGUUACCGUGGCGACCAGUGUGAGGAGCAGAUUGGCCCUUGCGACGCUAGUCCGUGUCGCAAUGGGGGACAGUGCAUCCCAGACGAUGAAGAAAGCUUCCAGUGCCUGUGUCGCCGUGGUUACCAAGGAGCUGUUUGUGAGGAGGACAUCGAUGAUUGUUUGGAGCAUAUGGAGGAGUGUCUGAAUGGAGCUGUGUGCGAGGAUCGUGUGGACAGUUUUGUCUGUCAGUGUGCGCCUGGCUAUUCAGGGGACAACUGCCAACUAAAGCUGUCUUCGGACUUUGACUUGAUCUUCGGCCCCUCGAGCCUCCCGUUCACCCACCCGAUUCACAUGCAGCCUGACCUGCGUGAAUUGACCCUGUCGCUAUGGAUACGACCCGAGGGUGUGACCCGGACAGGGCCCAUCUUGUCGUACAUCGUCUACAAUGAGCGAGAGCAGCAAUCCACUUUGGACCACGGAGCCAUGAACGUUGCCUUGAGUUUACGCGACUAUGACAACAUGAUUGUACAAAUGAACAGCGAAGGAGUUGAAACAAAUUUCAGACCAGUUAGGGAAGUCGAUUGGCACCAUGUGGCCUUCACCUGGAAGGCCGUGUCUGGCGAGUGGCGUUUCUACUUUGACGGCACUCUGCGGAGACAGGGCACCGGACUGCAGACAGGCGGUGUCAUACCUGGCGGCGGCCUGCUGACCCUGGGCAGAGAGCAUGAUGGGAUACGCGGGCAGGAGGGAUCGUCGGGUAGCUUCGUCGGUCGCUUGAGUCAGGUGAAUAUAUGGCAGUUUGCAAUGAGCGACGCGGAGAUACUGAGUUUGUUUGGCAGCUGUGGUAGCAUGGGAGACGCAAUGGCCUGGCCACAGACCCUGCAAGACGGGAUCACAAUUUACCGACGACAACCAUCGCAGAUCUGUAGACGAAUUGACGACUGCGUUUCCUUGCCCUGUCGGAAUGGCGCGACCUGCCGCGACCUGGUCGACAGCUACGCCUGUGACUGCGCUGACGGGUUCGAAGGCUAUGCCUGCCAGGUAGUGAGUGCCAGCUGUAUGGUGGGUACCUGUUUGAAUGGUGGGAGGUGCCACGACAGGCCUAGGGGACCGGUGUGCGAAUGCACUCUGGGUUUCUCAGGGCCAAAGUGUGAAGAGGCUACGGACCCGUGUGCGCUACUCCAUUGUAGGAACGGUGGGUCAUGUGACCUAGGCGAAGGCAACAGACCUUUCUGUAGAUGUUCGGCUGGCUUUAGGGGACCUGUGUGCAACUACGAUAUUAAUGAAUGCGCUGUCCGUAAUGCUGGCUGUGACCAUGCAUGUGUAAACACUCAGGGUAGCUUCCACUGUGAGUGUAACGUGGGUUUUGUACUGCAUUCUGACGGCAAGUCAUGUGUUGAUUCACGACACUGCAGGCACAAUGGUAUCAUCCGACAGGCCAAUGAAGAGUGGGAGGAUGCGUGUACACAUUGCCAGUGCGUGGGUGGGAAAGCAACAUGCACUGCAGUGAUAUGCUUUGAUCCAGUGUGUCCAAAGGGACAGACGGCCGUCAGGGAGCCUGGUAAUUGUUGCCUGGUCUGCUCAGCAGGCCAGGCCAAAAAUAAAGUCAUCCCAACACCCACUGAUGGUCCAAAUGACUUGGCAUCCUGCACUGUCUACCCCAAGGGUAAUUUCCAGUCUUUUGAUUUGCGCUCCUUCCGUUUCCAUGGCAACUGUCGCUACACAAUGGCCCAGGAUUGCUCCUCGGGCAGCUUCAGCGUCCACCUAGAACUGGAACACAAAGACGCUCCCCUACAAACUCGGAGGAAGCCACUUGGCAAAAUUGUCUUUGUUUAUUUGAGUGGGGUCAAAAUUGAGCUUGGUCCGCCUGGCGUGAAAGUGGACGGCAGAUCGGUGGAGUUGCCGUUUGCGCUGAGCGAGCCUGCCGAGAUACAGAUCCACCACUUCCGUGGCAACAAAAUCCGGGUGGUGUCAGGUGUGGGAUUGGAGGUCUCCUGGGGGACGGACGGUAGAGUCCAGGUUUCAGUCGAGAGAUCUUUCCGGAGACGGUUGUGUGGUCUUUGUGGUAACUUUAAUGGGAAUAAAGCUGACGACACUCUGACCAAGCAGCAGUUGCCGAGCCGCACUAACCUUGAGUUGAUCCACAGCUGGAAGGUCAACGGCUACGAGCACUGCGUUUUACCGGCCGUCGUUCCGGAAAGUCUGUCCCUGCCGCGGCGCCUUGUCGGUCGUUUACCGGCCUGCGCCGGGCUGACCUACCGCAGCUGGCGGGAGGUCCGAGCAAAGUGCGACGUCCUGAAGCAGGCGACGUUUGCCGAGUGCCGGGAGGUGGUUGACCCAAGGAGCUUCUACGAACUCUGUCAGCAGGAUGCGUGCUCGUGCGGAGGCAACGAGCCAUGCUACUGUGAAGCCAUUGCAGCCUAUGCCCAAGAGUGCAGGCGAAAUGGAAUUAUCGUCAGGGAAUGGAGAAACAGCACAAUCUGUGGUAUGGACUGCCCUGAAACCAUGAUCUUCGAUGACUGCGGCCCGCCCUGCCUGGAGACCUGCUACAACACGGCCAAUCUGAUCGAGUUGUGUCGGCGGUUGCCCUGCGUGGCGCGCUGCCAGUGUGCAGCCGGCUUGGCGUUCCACGAGGGUCAAUGCAUCAUGAAAUCCACCUGCCCGAACCUGGUUGGAUCCAAUGGGGGUUAAAUUGGCUUAGAAACGAAAGUAUGUGUUGUCACCAGGCCUGUUUUAGGGCCAGAAGGCAGCAUGUGUGAUUGUGCUCUACUGGUCCGAAAGAUGCUGCAAAACAUGU